GGCAAAGGCGGUGGAGUUGGUGGCGGCAUUGGCAAAGGCGGUGGAGUUGGUGGCGGCAUUGGUAAAGGUGGAGGAGUUGGCGGUGGUUUUGGUAAAGGCGGAGGUGUUGGCGGUGGAAUUGGCAAAGGUAGAGGUAUUGGCGGUGGCAUUGGAAAAGGUGGAGGCAUUGGUGGUGGCAUAGGCAAAGGCGGCGGAAUUGGUGGAGGCAUUGGCAAAGGUGGAGGCAUAGGUGGCGGGAUUGGCAAAGGUGGAGGCAUUGGUGGUGGAGGUGGAUUUGGUAAGGGUGGAGGUAUUGGCGGGGGUAUUGGCAAAGGCGGAGGCAUUGGAGGUGGUAUUGGCAAAGGCGGAGGAGUUGGCGGUGGUUUCGGCAAAGGUGGAGGAGUUGGUGGUGGGAUUGGCAAAGGUGGAGGUAUUGGCGGUGGCAUUGGAAAAGGUGGAGGCAUUGGUGGUGGAAUAGGCAAAGGCGGCGGAAUUGGUGGAGGCAUUGGCAAAGGCGGAGGCAUAGGUGGCGGGAUUGGCAAAGGUGGAGGCAUUGGUGGCGGAGGUGGAUUUGGUAAGGGUGGAGGUAUUGGCGGGGGGAUUGGCAAAGGCGGAGGCAUUGGAGGCGGUAUUGGCAAAGGCGGAGGUAUUGGCGGAGGAGGUGGAUUUGGCAAAGGCGGAGGCAUUGGAGGCGGUAUUGGCAAAGGAGGAGGAGGUGGAUUUGGUAAGGGUGGAGGCAUUGGAGGCGGUAUUGGCAAAGGUGGAGGCAUUGGAGGCGGUAUUGGCAAAGGUGGAGGCAUUGGAGGCGGUAUUGGCAAAGGCGGAGGCAUUGGCGGUGGUAUCGGAGGAGGAGGAGGCUUUGGUGGAGGAGGAGGAUUUGGAAAAGGUGGUGGCAUCGGUGGUGGAAUAGGCAAAGGAGGAGGUUUCGGCGGAGGAGGUGGCUUUGGGAAAGGUGGAGGUAUUGGUGGAGGAGGUGGAUUUGGUAAAGGCGGAGGAUUUGGCGGUGGAGGUUUCGGAGGGGGAGGUGGAGGAGGCGGCGGAGGAGGUGGCGGAAUUGGACACCACUAAACGAAAAUACAUGAAGAAGUUGCAUUGAGUGCAUGUCUCACGUCACGUCACGUACAACAUGGUUUACAAGUUUGAGUGUGUUACCAGAUAUACUAUUAGAGCUUUAUGUACUUUGUCUUUAUUUGAAUUACGAGCUAUGAGUUUUGUUAGACGCACUCUAAUAAUUUCCAUUUUAUCAUGUAAAACACUAGGAUUUUUAUUUGGUGGGAAGUCAAUGUUCUUAUAAAAUCUGUUGAUUGUGACUACACAACCGGAUCAAAAUGAAGAGCAAACAGGAUCAGGAUGAUUAAAGAACUUGGUUUAAUUAAAAGCCUUUGAUCAAUUGGUCUGUUUGUAAUGGUUAAGGUUGGUUAUAUUGUAACCGACUAUACAUAACUUGUGAGGUUUCUGUUGAUUCUUGAA